CACACACACACACACACACACACGCGUUCCUCCCUCAGCGCUCAAAUGAAAACUCUGGCAGCCUGGAGAACUUUUCCUGAGUGACAGGAUCUUCUCGGGCUGUGGAACUGACAGUUUGACGGACAGCAUUAAGUCGUGGGAUUCAUUACGAGUCUGCAGCUAUGGGAUCUUUGUAGCUAUGUUAGAUAAUAUACUAUCCAGUGUUUCAUUUUCAAUUUUAACUCUAUCGAGGCUUGCGCCAUGGAGCGUGAAGCGGGAAGAGGAGAAGGGAUCUUCCAUGCGCUUUGGGCACAAAGGCUGUGUGUGUGAAAUUGGACGGACUGGGGUCAGCCAUGGAGCCUGAGCUGAACUGCAGCUCUCAGUGUGAUUCCCCACUCUGCUUCAUCCACUCAGGAGUCAACAGACAGGAGGGCCUCAACAUUCUGCAGAGAUUAUGUGGUCUCAGCACGAUGGCAGUGGAGUUCCCAAGGCGGUCUCUAUCCCCAGUGUUAAGUGCUGUUGUGUGGACGCUGCUUUCCUGUGGCAUCCUGCUGGCCUUCUGCUUCUUCCUCUUCACCCUGCGCUUCAAAAACAACAGGAUAGUAAAGAUGUCCAGCCCCAACCUGAAUAUCCUGACUCUCUUUGGAAGCAUCCUCACCUACAGCAGUGGUUUCCUAUUUGCCGUUGAUCACCGAACACACUCGCAAGGAGCGUCUACAGCUGUGCUACAAGCUCGGAUGUGGGCUCUUUGUGUCGGCAGCACCCUGGUGUUUGGUCCAAUUUUGGGGAAGACGUGGAGGCUGUAUAGAGUAUUCACCCAGCGAGUACCGGACAAGAGAGUGAUCAUCCGAGACAUCCAGCUGAUGGGCAUGGUGGUUCUGCUGAUCCUGGUGGACUUGCUGAUUCUUACAGCCUGGAACCUCACAGACCCCAUGAGGUGUUCACGAUCAGUCGGUGCUGUUGUCAAGGUGGUGGAGAGAGAUGUUUCCUACUCGUUGUCUCAGCUGGACACCUGUUCCUCCGUGUACUCAGAUCUGUGGGUUAUCGUCAUUGUUGUUCAAAAGGGUUGUCUUCUUCUCUAUGGGACUUAUCUAGCUGGGCUGACCAGCAAUGUCAGCCACCCUCCAGUCAACCAGUCUCCCACCAUCAUAACAGUUGUCACUUUGGUCACCCUAUCCUCCACUGUGGCCAUUCCUGUGUCCAUCUUCCUGCAGACCUGGCCCAACCUGGUCUACAGCACUGUGGCUGGAGCCAUUUUCAUCUGCACACUCGCUACCAACUGCAUGCUGUUUGUGCCUCAGCUGACCCAGUGGCGACAGUUUGAAGAAGAUCAGAACAACCCAAGUCAGAUGGCCAAGUAUUUCAGUAGCCCCAGUAAGAGCCAGCAUUCGGUGUACAGCCAAGAUGAGAUCUACUACCUGCUGGGAGAGAACAACUCCAUGAAAAAACUCCUUAAUGAGAAGAAUGCAGUGAUUGACAGUCUGCAGGAGCAGGUUAGCAAUGCCAAGGAUAAACUACUGCGACUAAUGUCUGCCAGCCAGCCCGCCGAGGACCUGGACAUGGACUCCUCCAACACCAACCUCAACUCCUCUUCCACUCAGACCACAGAGCUUCAGUCUGAUGACCACUCUUCUUCAUCUCUACCUCAGAGAGACACUAAAUCCCAGCUCUCAUUUCCCCAUCCCUCCCCUCACUUCACUGUUGCUGCUUCAUCUUCUGCUGUUACACCAUCCUCUGAGCCUCCUUCUGCUCAAAACUCUUCAGCCUCUAUUACUGCUUCCGCUCUUCUCCCUGAUAAUAUUAAUGUAGAUGAAAAUGAUGGCGGUGUCUCUUCCACUGACCCUACAGGCAGAGACACACCUGAGUCCACAACAGGGGAGAAUUUCAAGCAGCCCUUGUCCCUCAAGUCCCCUGGCUCACUCAGAACAGCAGAAGAGACCAUUCACUUUGUCACUUCCCUACAAUACAGAAGAGGGAAAAGUCCCACUCAAGUUAAAACUUUCAACAAUCAGAGAGGACUAACAUCUGAUCCAAAUGCCAGAAGGGCUGGCUUUGUUAGCAGUGAGCAGUUGCAGGAGAUCCUCCAGGAACUGUGCAUGGAUGCUGUCACGGAAACCACACUUCGAUCUCCCGGUCAGCCAUCCAAAACACUUUCACAGCUAAAACUUCCCGAAGCCUCCACACUUUCCCCUCUCUCCCUGCGAACACCACGCUCCCCUCAUCCACCUGUUGUCUUCCGCUACCCCAGCAUCUCCCCUUAUGCCAUGAGGAAACGUCGGCCGCCCUUUCACACCUCCAGAAGAGGGUUGGCCUGCUUCUACACAGGUUCAGAGGCUGCAGGUUGUGGGAAGUUAAGAGACAACUGUAAACACCAAAGUCCAGUCCCGCACCCUGAUGGGGUUACUGUGGGUGAUACCCUCCUACAGGUGCACAGCACUGAUCCUGAGCAGGAGGAGGAGGAGGAGGAAGGGAAUGAAGUGACAAGAAGAUGUCGGAGGUGUAUUUCAAGGUCCCACAGGUGUUCGGCAGACCACAAUCACACAGCUCCAGCUGAUAUGGAAGUGAGUGGUGUUAAUGAGCAACACCGUAGACACAUUAGAGACUCCUGUGGGUCCUGGGACUCUGACUCUAGCAGCUCAACAGACUACUGUUACUACCACCGUCCCUACUGUGACUCCUGCCUGCAUCGAGGCUCUCUCCUGUCCUCGGACAGCUCCUCAGACACCUCCGACAGCGAGUACGAAGGCUACGCCAGCCUGUACCGCUCCCCACACCCUGUGGUAUUCAAAGAAGACAUAAAACCCACCUUUGUAUGACCAUAGGUUUACUGCACUUUACAUGUUCACCCAUUUCCGCCACUUGCACUGACGUCCUAAAAACAAAACAACAGCAGGCACGAAGUUCAUUGUUCAUAAAGCUAAUGUGCUUCUAUAAUGGGACGUACAGUAAAUUGAUUGAAGCUUUCAAUAGGAAUGUGUAGACUUUGAAUUUUUGUAUUUCAAAACUCAAAUGCCUUUUCCUUUCUGAUAAUACUAAUGGCAUUAUUUGUAUAUUUCUGCUGUGGAAACACUUACAUUCCCAAAAGUAUUUAAGUCUGAUAGAGUUACAAAUAAAAAAAACACAGAAAACAAAAUUAGAGGCUGUUAUAGAACAGUGGAAAUGUGCACUAUACUGUGCUAAUGCUGUAUUUAUUUUUAUUUAUUAGUGGAUGUGUUAUUCUACAGAAUAACUCUCUGUUGCCUUUUUCCUUUUGUACAUUGUCAGACACAUUCCUUAAGUAUCGCCCUUACUUUUUACCGAAUGUCUGCAUUUUUGAUUGCUCUACAUUUGUUGUCAGAUGCUUCUAGUCUAUAGCUGGUUCGUGAGAUACCAUGGACACACUGUCAGGGGAACCGGCAAAGGCACUGUUAUGACUUUUAUUAUUUAAUUUCUUUUUUCUCAGUAUUAUUGUCCUGGUGUUAAGAGUAUUUAAUGUGCGAAGGUCACCGUUAUCUAUGUCUCAUAUGUGAGUGCAUCUGUUAUGUGUACAGCCCUUUCAUUACCAAGCCCUCACCUGUUUUUUUUUUCUUCUUCAAAACAAACUCCACUCCACUUCAUGUUCCUUUUACAUCCUCUCCUGUUUUACACUUUAGAGAACUAGAAGCCAUUACAACAUGAAGAGCUCAGCAGAACGUGUAUAAACUACUGAUUUGAUGCAGGCCUGAAUUCAUCUGCUAAGGAACCACACUCAUGUUCCCCAACAAACCAACCAUUAUUUUAGUAUUUUUAAUCAAACUACCAUAAUGUCACUGUGGAACAUAUUAUAUAUACAUUUGCCUGCUUUUGCCUGUCUGUUAACCCGGCCUUGACAUGCGGCUAAAUACAGCACUAAAUUUGGCCUUCAUUUGCAUUCCCAGGAUAAAAUUAACUCCCCAAGAUUAAAAUAUUUGCAAACCUCCAUGUCAUGUAUCUUUAAUAAUCAUGAUCAUAUACUUUAUCAGAGAGUUGAGAUUCAGGAGGAGCUGUUCAUGUUAUUCCUGCAACACAGAAAAAAAAACAGUGUACACUCUCUGCCUGUUUUUUUAAAAAAAUAUUUCUCUUUCCUGUUUUAGCUGCGCUCUCUCUCCCCCUCUCACUAUCUCCACUCUGUCUCUCAGUAUUUUUUUUUUCUUCCACUAAUAGGAAAAUGUGUAUUUGCCGGAGGAGGUGUUGCAAUAUGAAGGGAGAAACAGCGUCUCACAUUACUUCUGCUCUGCUGCCUGUUUUUGAGAGGCUACAGCUCUCUAUUCUGCAUAUGGACCAUUGGAGGCAGCCUGAGAGAAAUUCCCUUUGAUAUGGAGUACAACAAAGUAUAAAUAAACCACACAAAAGACAGAAUACCAGCAUCACUGUGCAGGAGGAAGGGCUCUCCUGCCAAGCUAAGACGACUGACCUGCAUUCUGUUCAAGAUAAGAAAUACUAACAGUAAAUUUGGAAUAAAAAUAGUUGUUAAUGAAUCACA